CCGAUAACCAACAACCCAUCAAUUGUCUGUCGAGCACCUGCGCAACGUCAGAUAAACGAAGAAACAAUGGCAUCCACCCUUAAAACUCUCCCCCGGCUCCUCCGCCAAGCCACCCGCACCACCACGCCAACAAUCGUAUCCUCCCGCACCGUCCCGCGACUCUCCAUCCUUCAAUCGACAUCACACAUCCCCCAAUUCCAAAAUGCCCUUACCAACAACACCAACCGCACCUUCUCGACAACCUCUCUCCGUACCCGCGCAAAAACAAUGGGUCAGCUACGCGCCCGCAACUCCACCGGCCCGUUCUCGUGGAAAGCAGCGCUGUUGUUCGUCGUAACCGGAGCCGGGAUGAUUGUGUAUUUCCAGGUUGAGAAGGAGAGAUUGGCGAGGAAGCGCAUUGCGGAGAUGAGUAAGGGUGUUGGUAGGCCGAAGGUUGGGGGCCCAUUUAUGUUGAAAGAUUUGGAGGGGAGGGAGUUUACGGCGGAGGAUUUGAAAGGGAAGUAUUCAUUUGUCUACUUCGGAUUCACACACUGUCCCGAUAUCUGCCCGGACGAACUUGACAAAAUGGCCGAGAUCAUCGACAAGGUUAACGAGGCGACUGGCGACCCGAGCCUUUUCGUUCCUGUGUUUAUCACCUGCGAUCCUGUCCGAGACACCCCAGAGGUCCUGCGCGAGUAUCUGAAGGAGUUCCAUCCCAAGAUUAUCGGAUUGACGGGGACGUAUGACCAAGUGAAGCAUGUGUGCAAGAUGUACCGGGUAUACUUUAGUACGCCGCGGGAUGUGAAGCCGGGAGAGGAUUAUUUGGUGGACCAUAGUAUUUAUUUCUAUCUCAUGGACCCUGAGAACGAUUUCGUCGAAUGUAUCGGCCGUCAAGAUACCCCCGAGUCAGCAUCGAAGGUGAUUCUGGAGCACAUCAAUGAUUGGAAGCGUGAGGGCCGGUCAUUGACCGGUGGACAAUAGCUGUAGCUGUAUAAUGUACUCUAGUUUGCACCUCAAGUCCAAUCAUCUCAAAUUACCAUCUCGAUCCCUCUCCCCAUUCGCUCUCCACUCACUCCCCCCAUCCCCGAAAACUUCCCUUUUCCAAACCUCCACCCUCUCCUUACACUGUUCCAGCACCUCCUCCCCACCCCGAAAUGCACCCCCCCGAUGCCCCGCACUAACACCAACCACAAUCGAACACUCACCAACCGGCACCUCACCCAGCCGAUGCGCAAUACUAACCCCCAACAACCCAUGCUCUUUAACCGCAUUCUCCGCAAUAUCCAUGAGCGUUUUGAAAGCGAGAAUCGGGUAGGUCGUGUAGCUGAGGGUUGUGACGGGGCGGUUGUCGAAGGUGUCGCGGGUUGUGCCGAGGAAGAGGAGAUUUGCGCC